UUUAUUGACCUUGUGAGAAGAAAUGAUAAUUGUUAUAUGACGUAAACAUUUUAAGAUUAGAAUGGCUUCAGCUAGUGGGUCAUUUUGUGGUGUGUGUGAAGCCCAGGACGUGGUUAAAGAAGCUGCCUUUUGGUGUCCGGAAUGCAACGAAGGGAUAUGCACAUCGUGUGAAAAACACCAUCGAGCUUCAAGAGGUACAAGAAAACAUGAGGUAACUUCAAUUGAUGAUUAUAAACAAAUACCGCCCAUAAUAGCAAGUAUAAACCAAUACUGCCCAGAACAUGACAAAAAAUAUCAGCUCUACUGUUCUCAACAUGAACAACUUUGUUGUCCGCUUUGCCUCACAACAAAUCACAAGAAAUGUGAUUUUUUAGUAAUUGAUGAAAUUGUCAAAACCUCGAGAAAUUCAGCAUCUUAUGAAAUUAUGGAACAAAAUUUACAAGAAAUGAAAAACAACACAGACAGAAUAGUGGAAGAUCGAAAGCAGAAUCUAGAGAUAAUCGAACAGCAGCGGCAAGGAUUUCAGACAGAUAUAAAAGAAAUGCGUGCUAAAAUAAACAUACAUUUAGAUAAACUUGAACAAGAAAUACAACAGGAUUUACAAACUGCGGAACAAAAGGUCAUGUCACAAAUAAACAGAUUUGUGCAAAAAGUUUCUGACCAUGAGAAAACAAUAGAUGAGCUACAGAAAAAUAUAGCUGCGACUAAACGUUUUGCAACUGACCUUCAGACAUUUUUUGGCGGUAAAAUGUUUGAAUCCAAGAUUCAAAAAGAAGAGGAGUUUAUGAUGUCUUUAAUAAAAGAUGGAUGUUUACAACAACUCAACUUACAAUGGAGAGUGGAUGCCAAGAUGUCUGAUAUUCUGUCUAUGACGAAGAUUGGUGAGAUGUCCGUUAUAGCAAAACCGUCAACCAUUUCCGUGACUACGGAUAGGGAAAAACAAGCUCAACAAAUGAUACCAAAGAUACCAAAAACAAUUAAUGACAUUCAUCUUACCUUAAUACAAAAAAUUGAGAUACCGAAAGGGGAAAAUAGAAAUGUAAUCACAGGUUGUACUAUCAUGCCUUCUGGUAAAAUUGUUUUUGCUGAUCACUCAAAUCAUCGGCUUGUAAUCCACAACGAAAAUGGAUUGUUUGUUUGUGAAACACCUGUAUCCAAUUGGCCUAUAGAUGUUACAUGUAUUGAUGAAAACACGGUCGCUGUCACCAAUAAUGUAACGCCUUUUUACAUAGAAAUAUUUAACAUCGUCAAUAAAAAAACUGUAAGACAGAUUAACACGUCCAAUCAGUGCUACGGCAUUACAAAUGAAAAAGGAAGAUUACUAUAUUAUGAAGUAGGAAGGGGUAUUCAAACAGCAGACGUCAAUAGCGGAAGUACUGUUACUACAGUAGUUAAAGUCGAUGGUAAGCAAAACUGGAACUAUGUUGCAACAUCAAAUGACAAGAUAUACCAUACAAUAAAUCAAUCAAAUACCGUAACAUGCUACACAAUCACGGGACAGGAGGUUUGGGAAUACAAAGACGAAUCUAUUUUGAAAUCUGUUCGUGGAGUAGCAGUUGAUAAUGAUUCCAACGUGUACGUGGUAUCCAAUGAGCAUGACAGUAUCGUCGUGCUUUCACCAGACGGGAAGCACGCGCGUCGAUUGUUAACAAAGGAGAACGGAAUACAACACCCUUAUGGUAUCUAUUUUGACAAAGGAAGAAAUAUUUUAAUGGUAACGAAUGUAUAUGGACCAACCAGUUUGUAUAAAGUUAAAUGAUCGGCUAAAAAGUCAGAAAUCAAACAGUUUGAAACAUUUUGUAGACUAACAAACAAAUGUUCAAUGUAAACAGUGCAAAAAUAUUAUUGACAUUAGUAACGUAAGAUAUUAAGUCUAAGAGUGUAGAUUGUCAGUUUUAAAUUUAGUAUUUUUUAUUAGUUUUGUUGGGUCAAUUUUCUCUGAAUUAAUUUCACAUCAGGGCCUUUACAAAAUAUAUAAAUGUCAACUUCUAUUUCACGUUUUCGAAGCUUAACACAAUGUUCUUUGAUAUUCGUCAUCGUGUUCAAUUUGACUUAUUUUCCGUAAGAGAUGACCAAGUUGAUUAUUAACGCCUGAAAAUAGCUAAAACCGCAUUUUUAUACCGAUUUUGGAAAUUAUUCAGAAUUUAUAAACAAAAAAUUGAAUAACCAAAAACAAAAGUUUGUUGUUA